AUUUUUUGAACGCACUUCUGUCAAAUGGCGCGGAUCGAAAGAUGCGGAAUUUUUUGACAUAACCUCAAAAAUGUUACAUUUUAAUUAAUUUCAAACGUGAAUCUCUAAAAAUUUUAAAAAAUGUUCAUCUUCGUUCUUCUUCAAUAUUCCAAUGAUUUUUGGAAUAAUUAAGAUAAAUUAUGAUAAUAUAAAAAUUACAGAGAAGCAGGAGCAUAACCUUAAAAUUUAUCUUGCGAACACAUGGUUUUUUGAAAACUGGAAGGAAUAUUUCUCGAGUGAAGAUAAAUAUAUAUUUUUUUUUCCCGUUGAAAGAGGCAAGUUUAAUAUGUUUUCCAUUCGGCGAGCGUUAAAUUUCGCUGCACGUUUAGCGUUUAAUCAAUAUCCCGUAUAUCAUCAUCGCAUUCCGGUUCUGUGUAAAAAUGUCGGAGCACUUCGGAGUCAGAGUCGUCUUCUUCACGAAAAUGACGACAGUCGCAAGGAGCUGGGUAAGCUCGAAGGAAAACUGAAACUGAUGUUCACAUGUAAAAGAUGUUCCACGAGAAACACCAGACUGAUAUCCAAGCUGGCGUACAAUAAGGGUGUUGUGAUAGUGAGAUGCAACGGUUGCAAGAACAAUCAUCUUAUUGCUGAUAACUUGGGAUGGUUCCCUGAAAUAAGUACUAGAACAAAUAUCGAGAAACUUAUGGCACUGAAAGGAGAGACUGUGCGAAGGAUAGCGGAUGACAAGGAAGGCUACUUCGAAGCUGUGUUGAAAGAAGAGUUCAAAUUACCUCAGAAGAAUGAUAAUGAAACGAAAGACUCUAGCAACGAGGGCAACGAUGAUAAGGUUGAAAAAAGUGGAGUUACAAAGGAAAGCUGAUGUCUAGUUUGAAAGCUAGACCGAGUACUAUAAUUGAUACAAAAUUCGUUGAAUUCGGCGCAAUUCUUAUUUCAAAAUAUAUAAUUGCAAUUCUUAUCUCAAUAUUAUAUAUAUUACUCGGAUGAAUAUUCCUACCAAUGGCAGACCAUUAGUUUGGCACAAGGGACAUAUUACAAACAGCCUUUUAACAAAUUCCUGUUAAAAUUAUUGAUACUUUCUCUGUACAAUUUUGUAAAAAACUGUGUAGAUAGAAAAAUAUAUGUAUGGUAAUUAAUUAUUCAUUCGUACAUAUAUGCUAUUAUUGCAAAUGACCUGCAGUCAUUAAUUUACAUAAUGAAUGAUAGUGAUUUCUCUAGCUCGUCAAUUAUCACCUUUAAACAUGUAUAUACAUAUGCACAUAUAUUUAAAACAAUGUAAUUAAAUUAUAUGUAAUAUUUUAUAUGUAUAAUAGAAACAUGAUAGAAAUUUUUUGCUUAUUACUGAUAAUAUUAUUUUGAAUAAUUUCAAUCUAAUGAAGUAAAUUUCAGAGAAUUAAUUUUCUCUAAAUUUAGGCUAUAAAUUGAUUUUAUGGCUAAUGAAAGCACUAAUAUUCAUUGUGAUAUAACAAUAUAUAAUAGAAUCGCAGCAGCGAUAUUACAUGUAAGCAUUAAAUUCUAUGUAAGAGUUUAUCCAAUUGUGAUUAUCUACUUACAAAAGCAUUUGUAUCAGAACUUUUACAUUUAUCUGUAUAAAAUCUUACGUUCAAAUAUAUGCCAAGUUUAUAUGAUAA